UCAAUACUAAUGAUGUUUUGAAUUUAUACUUGCAUGCUAUUUUAGAUCUUAUAUUUAAAGAAACGUGGUAAACAACACCGGGGCCGUGCCACAAGUUCAAAACGAAUAGUCGAAUAUGAAGCCAACUUUACCGCACUUCCAAUAAUUCCGUGACAUUUUCUUCGCGUUAUUACGGUAAAACACCCGGAAAUGUGCGCCUAUUCGGAGUAUUCCCCUUUAGAUUCGUGCAUGCAAGCAUGACACACAGCUCCGUGCUGUCCGUAAAACCGGAGUCUCCGCGUUAAACACGCGAUUAGCGGAUGCGCGCACCCGUGACACCGUUUCCGUAGAAACGCGGCGUGUAGUCUUCGUGACAUUGUUAUCCCACGUGUUGCAGAACAAGCGAACCCAUCCAUCGCAGACUCCCGCCACCGACAGCUCCGAGUCGUCGCUGUCACCGCAAGACGACACGACUCCGCAAACCUCCCCGCUGCCGUCGUCCGUUUCUCCUCGAGCCCGUACGAUGAGUGAAUACUUCUCGCUGUCGGAGUGUGAUGUCAUCGGCUUUGAUCUGGACCACACGCUCUGCCGAUACUAUCUGAAGGAGACCUCCAGGCUGAUCUAUGAGAGCUUUGCACGGUAUCUGGUGGAGCACAAGGGCUAUGAUAAAGAUCUGCUGCAUCUAACACCCGCCACUUGGGAUUUCUGUUUUAAAGGUCUUGUGGUGGACCUUGAGGAGGGCAACCUGGUCAAGCUGGCAGAGGAUGGCACCGUUUUGAGGGCAACUCACGGCACGAAAAACCUGAGCACAGAUGACAUCGUAAAGCAUUACGGCCCAAAGCGAGAAUGGAAGCAUUUUAAUAGCCUCAAUACUUCGUACACUCGAUCUGCAAAAUACUAUUUUUACGACAACUACUUUGACCUGCCCGGCGCUCUUCUCUGUGCCAGAGUGGUGGACAUGAUGAAUAAGCAAGGAACUGAAAUCACAUCAGACUUUUGGAAAGACAUCGUCGCAGCCAUUGAUCAUAAUUACAACACAUCUGCAUUUCGAGUGGACGAUGUUGAAGAUAGCGAAGGGCUGCCGUCUCUGGAAAAGCCUGGAUGGUAUUCACAGGGCAACUGGCCUCAUCUACACGAGCUACUGAAGACCAUGACCAACAAAGCAGAGCCCAAGGUGGUGUAUUUCGGAGACAGCAUGCGCUCGGACAUGUUCCCGGCCUGCAGCUUUGCGAAGUGGGAGACGGUGAUGAUUGUGGAGGAGAUGGAGGGAGAGGGCGUCCCACGAGCGGACGGCUGUCCCAGUAACAGCAGCAGUGGCGGCCCGAGCGAAGGGCCGGUGGAGAAAAAGGCCAAGUUUGAGGAUCAGGGAAUGAAAUCUCCGUCAGAUUCAUCAAAGCAGUGGGGCUCUUAUUUUGUGGAUGUGCAGAAGACUGAAGGAGAGGAAACACAGAAGCUCACCUGGUGCUGCCACAGCAUCCACACAUACAGCACCAUGGCCAUACCAAGCAUCGAGGCGAUAGCAGAUCUUCCUCUAGACUUUAAGUUCCAGCGAUUUUCCUCAGAGAAGCCGAUCACGACAGGAUAUUACCCCAGACCUCCAGACUCGCUGCUGAAACGGGAAGAGAACUUGUCCUGAAGCCUGGCGUCCGUCUGCGCUGACAGGGAGAUUGUUUCACAUUUCCCAUCUUCACCAGAGCCAUCCAUUUGUCCAGUCAGUGAUACAGCUGUGUGAAUGUACCAGAGCAUUGUCUGUGUGCCUCCUCCUCACCUCUUCCCGGAUCACCGCGGUAUUACACAGUCUGAAGUGGUGUCUGUAUACGGUACAUGCUGAAUAGGAAGUCACAGUGUAUUGUGUCUCAUCCAGCGCUCACUACCAUUAAACUACUUUUAAUGGUGUACCGAAAAGAGCACAGCCUUUCGGUGAGCUGUGUGUGUGUGUUUUACUCUGAUUUCAUGAAGGGAAUGUUACCUCAGAGGAUCUGUUCUUGAAAACGCUUUCUGCGAGAAAGCAAGCACAAAUUGUAUUCAUGCAAUCCAGAAACAGCCGUGAGGUCUUUGUUUCUUCGUGAUUGUUGGAUGUUUUUAAGUGUCGUAACCUGCAAGUUUAUUGUGUGCUCGGUUUUAUUUUUCCACCAUUUGAUUAUGAUUUCAGGGUCUUCGAUGUACUGUACUACACAUUUCUGUGAUAAAAGAAGAAAUGGACAUCCUCCUAUAACACCGGAAGAGUAUUAGAGGAAUAGUUUAGCUAAAACUAGAAAACAGCAUUAUUUUCUCGGCAUGGUGAAAGCAUUGUGCUGUUAUUGGCACACAAAUGUCUGGUGAUAGCACUUUUAGCUUAGCUUAGCAUGAAUCAUUGAUUUGGAUUAGACCGUUAGCAUCUCGCUCAAAUAUUUCAAGACCUUUAAUCCCACAAAACGUUAAAUAGUCUCACUUUACAGUUCCUCUAGAGGUAAACAGUUGAGUUUUACCAUUUUUAAAUCCUUUCAGACGAUCUUCAGGUCUGGCAAGAGCACUUUUAGCUUAGCUUAGCAUAAAUCAUUGAAUCGGAUUAGACCGUUAGCUUCUCGCUCAAAUAUUUCAAGACCUUUAAUCAUACGAAAACUUAAAUAGUCUCACUUUACAGUUCCUCUAGAGGUAAACAGUUGAGUUUUACCAUUUUUAAAUCCUUUUAGCCGAUCUCCAGGUCUGGCAAGAGCACUUUUAGCUUAGCAUGAAUAAUUGAAUCGGAUUAGACCGUUAGCUCUCGCUCAAAUAUUUCAAGACCUUUAAUCAUACGAAAACUUUAAUAGUCUCACUUUACAGCUCCUCUAGAGGUAAACAGUUGAGUUUUAACCUUUUUAAAUCCUUUUAGCCGAUCUCCAGGUCUGGCAAGAGCACUUUUAGCUUAGCAUAAAUAAUUGAAUCGGAUUAGACCAUUAGCAUCUCGCUCGAAUAUUUUAAAACCUUUAAUCCCACAAAAAGGUAAAUAGGCUCACUUUACUGCUCCCAUAGAGUUGAAGAGUUGAGUUUUACCAUUUUUGAAUCCAUUUAGCCAGUCUUUGGGUAUGCUGAGAGCACUUUUAGCUUAGCUUAGCAUAAAACAUUAAAUCAGAUUAGACAGUUAGCGUCUCGCUCAAAUAUUUCAAGACUUUUAAUAACAAAAACGUUUAAUAGGCUAAUUUGUUCAGCUCCUCUAGAGUUACAGAGUUGAGUUUUAUCAUUUUUUAAUCCAUUCAGCUGAUCUUCAGGUCUGGCAAGAGCAUUUUUAGCUUAGCUUAGCAUAAAUCUUUAAAUGGGAUUAGACGGUUAGCAUCUUGCUCAAAUAUUUCAAGACCUUUAAUCCUUACAAAAAGUUAGAUAGGCUCACUUUACAGCUCCUGUUGUUGAAGAGUUGAGUUUCACCAGUUUUGAAUCUCUUCAGCUGAUCUCCGGUUCUGGCAAGAGCAUUUUUAGCUUAGCUUAGCAUAAAUCUUUAAAUGGGAUUUGACUGUUAGCAUCUCGCUUAAAGAUUUCAAGACUUUAAAUCCCACAAAAACUGAAAUAUUCUCACUUUACAACCCUCCAAGAUUUAAGAGUUGAGUUUUACCAUUUCUGAAUCAAUUCACCUGAUCUCCAGGUCUGGCAAAAAGCACUGUUAGCUUAGCUUAGCAUACAUCAUUGAAUCAGGUUAGACCAUUAGCAUCUCACUGAAAUAUUUCAAGACUUGUAAUCCCACAAAAAGUUAAAUAGACUCACUUUACAACCUCCCUAGAGUUGAAGAGUAGAGUUUUACCAUUUUGUAAUUAAUUUAGCCAAUCUUCGCGGCUGGCGAAAGCACUUUUAGCUUAGCUUGGCAUAAAUUAUUGAAUCGGAUUAGAUCGUUAGCAUCUCGCUCAAAUAUUUCAAGACUUUUAAUCGCAAAAAAACUUAAAUAUUCUCACUUUACAGCUCCUCUAGAGUUAAACAGUUAAGUUUUACCCUUUUUAAAUCCUUUCAGCCGAUCCCCAGGGUCUGGCAAGAGCACUUAUAGCUUAGCUUAGCAUAAAUCAAUGAAUCGGAUUAGACCGUUAGCAUCCCACUCAAAUAUUUCAAGACUUUUAAUCCUACAAAAAGUGAAAAUUGUGGCUCACAAUACGCAGCUUCUGCUAUUAUGGUUGGAGCUGCUCCUUUGAAGAGUUUCAGCUGAAUCCAGCACUAAACUGGGAGAGAUUCUAGAAGCUCUCCUUUGUCAAAUGCUAGAGCUAUAUCUGUUUUUAGUUCUCUGGAGCAUUAUUAAAUUAAAUUGUAAGCACUUCUCUCUAUGUGUCUUCUGGAAACAGCAGCGUUUGGACGCCAUUCUAGCUGUCUCUCCUGUAACAUUACAGAAUCUGGCCACGCCCCUUCACUGCACAGGGUGUGUGUACGUAACCUGAAAGGUUUAUGACAUCAUUAACCCGGAUGUAUUUGCAAAGUUCGUUCGCUGUAGGCUUUGUUAAGCUAACUCUGUAAAAGCCAACGUCUCCCUUUGCAUCUUCAUAGAUGUUGUAUAUGUUCACACAGCUACGCUACACAUCAACUACAGUCUAACAUCAUAGUGGACCACCCCUUUAAUGGAGGUUGAUUAGGGAAUAUUGAUUACUAUUUUGUUAAAUAUUAAAAGAUUAAAAUACUUUAAAUGCAUUAGGAUUAAGAAUGUUUUGGAUUCUGGGAAUAUAUCACAUUGAUUUGUUCCCAGGCAUGAAGUCAUUUGGAGCUGCUCAAGGUGAGUCUAGUGCGGCUUUUCGUUUUUGGUUGAACUCUUCCUCCUAAAUGCCUUUUGUUUCAGGUCUUCACUGUUUUCGAAUGAAGAGUGGUGUGUGUUUAUUAUUAUUCAUUCUCCUGUGUAUGUACUGUUGUUGUAACAUUGUGUAAAAUUAAUGUGAUGGUCAAUGUAAAGAGUCUGUCAUGCACAGGAAUGGUGCCAAGCUUUAUUCACCCAUCCAGUGGUUUUAUGUGUCAGGGCACGUGUCUCACCGACUCAUUUGUGUGCCGGCCCUGAGCUUUAAUAAUGAUCUGUUUCCAGCAAUGUCAGUGGAUUUGGUGUUUUCAUGUGGAGUGCUCUGAUGAGGAUUCUGCUAUGGUGGCUUUUAGAGACGCUGCAAGUUACGAUUGUUACAGAAACGUGCCUGAAACUGAGCUAGGGGGCGCUAGGCAGCUCUUCGCAGCGGCGACAGAAGGGUGGAAAUCCUCAUCGUAAGCAUGGUGACCUAUUUUUCUCAAAUAAAAAAAACAAAGUGUCUCCUCUGCUGUAUGUUGUGAGUAGCAAUAGUUCAUUGAGUGCAGGGAAGGUGUUCAUAUGUGCCGAAUAAAAAAUAAUAAUAAAAAAACAUAAGGUUUAAGAGA